AUGACUACAGCUCACAGACCCACCUUCGAUCCCGCACAAGGGAAAGAGGCCCUGCGAGGCCCUGCGUAUCACCAGCGUCUCCUCCCGGCGCAUAUGCACCUGAAGACUCGUCAAACCGGUCAAGGCAAUGAAUCCGAAGUCCAGCAACGUGAUCUGCGCGCCGAACUGCUCCAGGCCGAGGCCGCCCAUUUCGCCAAGAAGCGCGGUGCGCCCGUUGAUGAAACCUCUGUGGAAAGUGCAGCGCCCAAGCGCCAGCUAGAAGGAGCUCCAUCGGGCGGUGGUGCAGAAGGGACAGAUGAAGAGGACCCAGAAGCGAAGCGGCGGCGAAUAUUAGAAGAAACGCGGGAUAUAGAUGCCGAUUCUGACGGGUCAGAAGAGGAGAGCAGCGAGGAAGAAAGUGACGAUGAGGACGAAGCCGCUGAACUGAUGCGCGAGCUGGAGAAGAUCAAAAAAGAGAGACAGGAGCAGAAGGAGAAAGAGGAACGUGAACGCGCCGCCGAGGAGGAGGAGAAGCGGGAAUAUGAUAUUGCCAGAGGCAACCCCCUGCUGAACCCUCAGGACUUCAAUGUGAAACGGCGAUGGGAUGAUGAUGUGGUGUUUAAGAACCAGGCUCGGGGAACCGAGGACAAGCGCGGCAAGGAAUUUGUCAACUCUAAAUACGUCCGAUAG